AUGACUCAGGCCAGUACAACAAUUUUCCUGAGGAAAAGGGAAGGAACAUGGAACUCAGAAUACGGACAAUUCUUCCUUGAUUGGUACUCCACCAAACUAGUUGAACACGCUGAGAGAAUCCUUGCAUCAGCCAAAGGCAAGGUCACAGCAGAACUAACAGCAGGCUACUACAACACUCGGUUUCAUGAUGGGUACCUAGCAAUAGCAGAAAUGCUGGCAAAGCAUGGUGCAGUGCUUAACGAUGAUAGAAGAACCCCAAAUGCUCCCUCCAAGAGAAUGUUUGAACAACUAAGAAUGCAUUUAAAAAAUACAGUUCAGCGACGGCAGAUUGCGGCAAAGCCUUCAACAGCGGCGAGGCUUCGACGACGACGAGCCUUCAACGGCGCUUGUACAGUUUGGGAAGAGGUUUUGAUUGAUCAAAAAGAAGAAUCUACUUCAACCGAUAUGCCCUUAGGCACGGCCAUACAUAACAUAGAAAUCACACUCGGAAAGGGUGGACAAUUAGCUAGAGCAGCUGGUGCUGUAGCGAAACUAAUUGCAAAAGAGGGGAAAUCGGCCACAUUAAAAUUACCUUCUGGAGAGGUCCGUUUGAUAUCCAAAAACUGCUCGGCAACAGUUGGACAAGUGGGAAAUGUUGGGGUAAACCAGAAAAAUUUAGGUAGAGCCGGAUCUAAAUGUUGGCUAGGUAAACGUCCUAUAGUAAGAGGAGUAGUUAUGAACCCUGUAGACCAUCCGCAUGGGNGUGGUGAAGGGAGGGCCCCAAUUGGUAGAAAAAAACCCGCAACUCCUUGGGGUUUUCCUGCACUUGGAAGAAGAAGUAGAAAAAGGAAGAAAUAUAGUGAUAAUUUGAUUCUUCGUCGUACUAAAUAGUAGAUAAAAUUGAAAUUGUUUCUUCGUCUUUACAAGAAAAAGGAGUAAUUAACUGUGACACGUUCACUAAAAAAAAUCCUUUUGUAGCGAAUCAUUUAUUAAGAAAAAUAAAUAAGCUUAACACAAAAGCAGAAAAAGAUAUAAUAUUAAUUUGGUCCAGAGCAUCUACCAU